AUGUCUUUGUUCUCUGUAUCCAUUGCCACAACUGUAAAGUUGGAGAAGUUGACAAUCCAGAGGUGUCAUGAGAUGAAGCACGUCAUAAUAAAUGAGGAAGAGGAGAGUCACAUGGACAGUAUCUCCAUUUUCCCAGAACUAGAGGAGCUCGUAAUUGUUGACUGCAGGAAUAUGGAAUUUAUUUUUCCAUCUACUUUUUCAGUGUGUCUUCAAAAAUUGAAGUCUCUGAUUAUUGGAGCUGCUGCAGAACUAAAAUAUGUUUUUGGCCGUGAAGAGUAUUUAUCAAAUGAGAUAGAAAACAAAGAGCUUUCCAUCGAUCUCCCUGCUCUGAAAACACUAAGCCUUACAGAUGUGCCAAAUAUCAUCAGCAUUUCUUCAAAUGGAAAACAAUUGAAUUUGGAAACCGCAAAGGGAUCACCAGCCUCAAUGCAAGGGACUCAAACUUUUCAUGCAGCUCAGUGUCUUUUGAGACAACCAGUGAACCUAGAAAAUAUAAGGCAGAUGACAAUUGUGCAAUGUUGGAAAUUAACAUCACUGUUCAGUAUAUCCAUUGCUACAACUAUAAUGUUGGAGAAGUUGACAAUCCAAAGGUGUGAUGAGUUGAAGCACGUCAUAACAAAUGAGGAAGAGGAUCAUGAUCAUAUGGACUGCAUCUCCAUUUUCCCAAAACUAGAGGAGCUCGUAAUUGUUGAUUGCAGGAAUAUGGAAUCUAUAUUUCCAUCCAGUUCUUCAGCACGUCUUCAAAAGUUGAGGUUUGUGAUUAUUAAAGCUGCUCCAAAACUGAAAUAUGUCUUUGGGAGAUUUGGUCGUGAAGAGUAUUUGUCAAAUGAGAAUGAAAAUAAAGAGCUUUACAUUGAUGCACCUGCACUGGAAACAAUAAGCCUUAUAAAUGUGCCAAAUGUCGUCGGCAUUUGUACAAAUGGAAGACACCGGAGUUUGGAAACGGCAAAGAAUUUGAGCAGUCAAGGAGAAAUGGAAUCCGAAAUAGAAGAGAUAAUUGAUGAUGAAAGACCAAUGACAUCAAGUGUGAGCGCCAAAGUUCUCAACUUCCAUAGUCUUCGAGAAAUAAAGAUCAUAGAAUGCAGAAAGAUAAAAGCUAUGUUCCCUGCCUCUACAUGGAGAAGGCUAUCGCAGUUAUGGAAGUUAUGUAUAUUAAACUGUGAAGAAUUAGUUCAUGUACUUGAUGAGGAUUCAAAUGACUAUGAUGAUUUCAGUGACAGAGACAUUCUCCCAAAACUGGAAUAUCUUCAAAUCCAGAAUUGCAACAAAUUGGAGUCUAUAUUUCCUUCCUCUUUCCUUCGAGGCCUUCCAAAAUUGAAAUCUAUGAUCGUCGAGCAAGCUGCUGUUCUGAAAUGUAUUUUUGGAAAAUACCAUCAGGGAGAUUAUUUAUCUAAUGAGAAACAGAAUGGUAGGUUUGAGGUUGAUCUCCCAGCUUUGAAAACACUAUCACUUAGAGACGUGCCACAUAUCAUCAACAUUUGUGCCAAAAGAUAUUCUGUGAUGCUGCCAUCUCUACAGCAAAUUGGUUUAGACAACUGUCAGCUGACAAGGGAUUCUCUAAAUUUGACGGGUUAUUGGAAGCCUGCAAAGGACUUAAAGAAAAUUUGUCGCUUGACAAAUGUUGAGGUUGGGAACUCCACAAUAGACGAGGUUUUUAACCUGGAAGGAGUAAAAAUUGGAAGACUAGUGAGAUUAAGCUUACAAUCCAUGAUGCUGAAAAAUCUAAGUGAGCUGAAGCAAAUGUGUAAGGGCCCUAAAAGUAGUUUGAGCUUCGACCAUCUUCGCAGUCUGAAGGUCAUAGGAUGUAAAAGCCUAAGAGCGGUCUUCUCCAUCUCGAUACGGAAAGAACUGCCAAACUUGUUCCAUUUAAAAAUAAAAGACUGUGAAGAAUUAGUUCAGAUUAUUGAGGAGGAUGCCCAAAAAAGUGCUGAUGAUGAUAGGCAACAAAUGAGCUUCCCAAAAUUAGAAAAAGUUCACAUCCAGAACUGUCAUGGCUUGAAAUUUCUCUUCUCAAUUUCCACACCCAACAUGUUCCCAAAGCUAGAGAGUUUGGAAAUAGAAGCAGCCUAUGAGCUAGAGCAAAUAUUUAAACGCAAACAAGAUGAUACACAGAAGAUGGUGGUAAAAGAUGCGUUUCCAAAUCUCUCAUAUUUAAGACUCAUAAAAUUGCCAAAGCUUGUCACUGUUUGUUGGGGGAUGCCGUUUCAAACUUUGCCAGAUCAUCAAGUGGUUGAUUGUCCUAAGUAUCAAGAAAUUACUUCUCAACAAGUCCAAGAAGCAGAACCUGAGCAUUUGGAUUUAGAUAUUCAAGCAGCAAAUGAGGAGCCACUUUGUCCACAUUCCAAUAAUGUCGAGGCUCUGUCACAUGUGGGAGAAACAAGUUCCUUGCCAAACUCAGCAGAGAGCAUGAAGAAAACAACAAAGGAGGUUGAAGCCAAGGAACCUACUCACGCUUUAGAGAAACAAGCAUUUGGAACUUCAACGCUUAAUUCACUACCAAGAAGGGCAUCUCUACAUGAGUUGAAUGAUGAACAGACAAUGAAAAAACCAAAUGGGAAACUCCAACAUCAAGAUCAUGGACUUGGAGAAACGAAAACAACAAAUGAGGUUCCUCAAAAAACCAGCGUAGUACCACUUGAUGAUGAUGAUAGUGCUGAUGCUAUAUCAAAGGAAAGAGUUCGAGAGGGUCGUACCUCAGAGGAUGUUGAGGGUUUGAAGAAGACAAAGCCGACGAGUGAAACAACCAUAACACAUGAGCAAGUACUAGGAGAAAUAUCAGCUGUUAGUGUCACUGAACAAAUUCCAAGGGAAACAGGAAUUAUGGAACCUAAAGUUCAUACUUCCACGACAGAAGCAGGGGGUUCACAAUCUGGUCCAUCUACAAUAAUUGAUAAGGAAACAGGGAAGGAAAUUGGCAAAGACGUUCCUGCUUCAAAGUUACCUACAGCCAAAACUGCACAAGUUUCCGAGGUGAUCAAAAUGAACUCAAAAGCAGGAAAAGAAGUUGUAGGAACAGCUUCAGAGGCAUCAGUGGCUACCACUUCAAAUUCAAAGGUUGAUGGUUUGAAAGAAACAGCAGAACAAGGCUUUCAAGAGCAAGUUAAAUCUAAGGGGGACAUGAUGAUGAUGACAAUUCAACAAAAAUGUUUGGGGUUAAGGACGCAAUCUGGAGUAUCAUCGGAUAAUUCUUUAGCCAAAGAAUUAUCACAGAGCUCAAGAACAGGGAAAGAGACUGGGAUACUGGUUGCUUCACAGACAGCAAUGUCCACGAUUUCAACAAAUUCAGAGAGCUCAAGAACAGGGAAAGCGACUGGGAUACUGGUUGCUUCACAGACAGCAAUGUCCGCAAUUUCAAAAAAUUCAGAGAGUACUAAUAAGGAAGCAGCAAGGGGAAGUGUUGAGACAUCACCGAUGGCAGCAACUCCAUUGGAUUCGACUGUCGAACAAAAACUAGAGAAUGGCUCAAAACCAAAUGUUCCUAAUGUUAUUCCUUCUCUCUAUCAUCAAUCACCACAAAAUGGCACUUCUAGCCCUUCUCCUACGUUGGAGAUUCUUGAAAUUUUCCAACUUGUGGAGUUAAAAGAUGGUGAAGCGGCUUUACUUGCACAAGCACUUAAGCAAUACCCGGAACUAUUGUUACCUCAUCGUGAACAACGAACCCGCCGAAGAAUAGCAUUUUCCUACAGAGUACUAGUUGACAUAUUGGUCGUGCUAGCUAACAAGACUCCAUAUAACAUUACAGCACCAGAAAAGUCAACCUUGGAGGAUAACCUGCGCGAAGCAAUUUCUCUUGGGUUCAACAAAGGUUGGGUUGAUUCGGUUCGAGCCAGAGUUUUUGGUGUUAACAUGUCUGAUGUCUCAUUGGCACAAGAGAAAAUUCGAGCCAUGGAGGCCGAGCUUGAGACUUGCGAAGUGAACUUGAAGCAAGUUCAAAAAGAAAAAGAAGAAGCCAGAAGACGUCUGGAGAUGGCACAGAGCGAGUUUAGGGAUAUAACAAGUGCUAAGCACAGACCAUUUGGCAUUUAGGCUGUUUACUUUGUGUUUGGUUAUUUGAUUUCAAAUUCUAAAAGAACCUCAAAACAGUGAACAAUAAAAGUUUAAUGCCUAUUAUAUAUACAUUCUCCCUAUAGUAUAUAUAUUCAACUAAAUGACGGGAGUAGGAGAUUUUAAUUCUUGUGCUGUAUUUGAAAGGAAUGCUCAGCUGACUGUUGUAAGCAGCUGAAUUUGAGUGCUUGGUUAGUACUGAUGAAUUUGCCUUUUUUGUUUUUGGUUCA